AAGAUGUUUUCAGUGAGAAACAGAAUAUGUCAGGAGUCAUUUCUGCAAAUUGAGAUUUUAUUUCAGAGCUCAUUAAGCUAAUCUAUUCCCAGGGUCUCAUUCAAAUACUGUUAGAAGACUUUUCAGAUUAAACUGCUGAACAUCCCUUGCUCUCUUUAAUCAUUCACAUGACAAUACAAACUGUGACAUAUUCCAUAUAUUAUUAUGAAUAAUUAUUAAAAAGAUUAUAAAUGAUCUUGAAUAUAAAAAGCACAAAAUCACCAAUUCACACAUACAUAUAGAUGCAAAAACAUUCAGUUCUUACAUUUUAAUCAGAUCUAAAGUCAGUAUCAAAGGCUCAUUUGACAUUCAAAUCAUGCAAAGUUAACAUUCAACAAUAUGCUCUUGCAGACAGUAUAAAAGAGUUAAAAGAGUGAAGAUCACUCCAAGUUAUAGGCAGCUUGGGUUAGAGGUUCCUGAAGUGAGUUUCACAAAACAUUUUCUUUUACUUUUCUUUCUGGGGUUAACAGUAGUGCUGCAUUAAGGGAAUCCCAUUCCUUGGAAUCAUCAGUUGUUUGUGGUCUAAAAUUCUCAUAAUGCAUCAUGUAUCUGAUUCAGCAUUGGGUAAUCAUAAACAUUUCUGAACAGCGUUCUCUUUUUGUCACAGCUUUGAGGAGUAAUUUGGUUCUAUACACAACUCUUUACAGGUCUCAACAAAAAUCUAGAGCCACAGUGUUUUAUAAGACUAAGAUUGUUAACAAAUCAAAUCAGUAAUUCCAGAAAGAAUGGACAGAAUCCCAGAAUAGUCUGUGUCAAACUGAUGUCUCUCAGCAAAGUUGUUCAAGGACAAUACUGGAUUUUAGCAACUAGAAGGAGAAUUUGUGUAUCUUUUUGUUAGUGGCUAGUAAAACAAAUUCACCCACUUAACAAGUCAAGCUAGAGUUAAAAUGUAGCAAGAAUUCAGUAGAAAAUACAAAUUUUUUUUAGAAAAGUUAAUGUCCUUGACUGACUUGAAGACACUUGAACACAUGGGAAAAUUAAUUUCGCCAUGAACCAGAUAUUUUUAAUUCCUUUUCCAAUAAGUGAACCAAAAUAGAUUAUUCCUUAGUAAUUACUUAGACAGAGAUUUAAUUUCAAUUUGUGGUACACUAUAAGUUACUGUUUAAAUGCCUUUGUGUGUUACUUCAACAGAAUUAUUAACCUGUUUAUAUUAAGUAGGUUAAUGACUGUAUUAAAAUAGUAUACACAACAUUUAACACAAAAGGUUAUUAGCCAGUGUAACCAGUCAAAGAAAAUUAAUGCCCCUGGGUGGUUCAAGAAACACUGAUAGGUUAAGAUUUCAUUACUAAUACUUUGGGUGAUGUCAGCCCUUGAAUUUAAAGCAAAAUGCUUGUUAUUAUCGAAGCUUUGACAAGAAUAGCAGAGGCCAAUACAAAUGAAGGCCUGUAAUGGGGCUUGAUUAAAAACAGAAAACGUUGACACAUUGUAAUUUUGGUUCAGUAACAGCAAGCAUAGGUGAGAGGAAUUAACUGGAGAAGCUGAAGUUGUUCUCCUAGCAGGACAGAAAGCAAAGGUGUAACUUAUAGUGUUUUCAGGAAAUAUGAAGCAUUUUGAUCAAAAGAACAAUGAUGGCCUGUUUCCAGUAGCAGGGAGCUGGAGAGUGAGGAAAAAGAUUUUGAUAAAAGACCCACUGGCAAGACCUUGAGAAUUAUUUUUGAUGCAGGAAGAUGUUUGAUUGGAGAAAAGCAAAUUGGUUACAUUUCAAAGCAAAUUAGUUAUACACUUGUGAGGCAAAACAUUUCUGGGGUAUUGGCACAUCGGUAUCAAUGCUGACUUUCUUAGCUGUGUGAUCCAUGAAUUACAACGAUAGUCUACUGAUUAGAUGUAAACACAAACCAAUUCGCUGCGCAUUCUGGCUUCUCAGAACAGGGGACCUUAGACAAUACUGAGUAAAACACAUAAAAUGCUGGAGGAACUCAGCAUGUCAGGCUACAUCUUUGGAGUGGAAUAAACAGUCAACAUUUCAGGUCAACGCUGGCCAGUGGCAUGGUGGCAUCCACAUUGGACUUCGAGGCAAGUGGUCCCGGAUUUGAAUCCUGCCGGCUCCUAGCAUGCUUUCCAUCCAUGCAGGGUUGAGUGUUGCACUAGCAACUCAGCCCCGUAAAAAACAAAUGCUAAAGAAAUGACAAGGUUGCCACCCAUGUGUCAUGUGCAGAAAGGAACAAUUUCAGCCCAAGGACCUUUAUUAGGAUGGAAAGAAAUGGUGUCUGCUUGAAACGUUGACCACUUAUUCCUCUCCAUAGAUGCUGCCUGACCUGCUGAAUUCUUCCUGAAUUUCUGUAUGUUUUGCUCAAGAUUUCCAGCACCUGCAGAAUCUCUUGAGUUUGUAACAAUAUUAGCUUCUGCAUGGAUCCAGUUAUAAAAGGACUGUGUGAAGUCAAUCAUGGCAACCUUCCCCUGAUUGUCACAGGCUGCUAAUGAAGAACUUGAAGAAACACCAAUAAGUUGUCAGAUGUGAGGAGUAUACUGAAUCAUCUGUGUAACACAAUAGUCUGGGCCAUCCUAAGGAGCUGUUGGAAACGUGAACAAUAUCUCACAGAGUCAACUAAACUACCUGACUUGACAACCCUCCUACCAUUCUACAUAAUCACAUCAUGUCUACUGCAUGUACCUAUAACUUGCCAAGGCUUUAUUCAAUGGCACUUCUCAAAUCCAUUAACUUUUAUUAUUAAGAAAGACAAACUUCAAAGGCACUGAGAAAGUUUACUAAUGGCCAAGGCCUAUUUAAGUCAUAUUGUACAACAUUUGAAAAUACAGUAUAUUCCUGUCUCUAUAUGAUUUCGUGACUGAUUUAUUAUAGGGUAAGGAGAGGGAAGCAAUAUCUAUCAGCAGACAGUUCAGGGAACAUAGAUUUUAUUAACAGGGUAAUUAGAAUCAGGAACUCCUCUUGCUUAUAGCAAAAAUUAUAGGUGGAAAUAGAAUCAAUCUAAGUCUUUAUUGAAUGGGUGUGGGGGGAAAAUUUACAUACCCAUGACAGUGUGGCUAGGCAUAGCUCAAAUACCAUCUAUAAAUUUGCUGAUGAUACUACCAUUGUUGGCAGAAUCUUAGAUGGAGAUGAGAGGGUGUACAGGAGCGAAUUAUACCAGCUAAUUGAGUGGUGUCACAGCAGCACCCUUACACUCACUGUCAGUAAGACCAAAGAACUGAUUGUGGACUUCAGAAAGGGUAAGACAAGGGAUCACAAACCAAUCCUCAUAGAGGAAUCAGAAAUGGAGAGAGUGCAUAAUUUCUAGUUCCUGGGUGUCAAGGUCUCUGAGGAUCUAACCUGCUCCAACAUAUCAAUGCAGCUAUAAAGAAGGCAAGAUGGUGGCUAUAUUUCAUUAGGAGUUUGAAGAGAUUUGGUUUGUCAUCUAAGACUUCUACAGAUGUACUGAGAACAUUCUGACAGGCUGUUUCACUGUCUGAAACUGAGGGCGGGGAGUCGCUACUACACAGGAUAGAAAUAAGUUAAAGAAAGUUAUAAAAUUAGACAGCUCCAUCUUAGGUACUAGCCUCCAUAGUAUCCAAGACAUCUUCAAGGACUGGUGUCUCAGAAAGACGGUGUCCAUCAUUAAGGACCCCCAUCACCCAGGCCAUACUCUUUUCUCACUGUUACCAUCAAGAAAGAGGUAGGGAAGCCUGAAGGCACACAUGCAGCAUUUCAGGAACAGCUUCUUCCCCUCCGCCAUUGAUUUCUAAAUGGCUAUUGAACCCAUGGCCACCACCUCACUUUUAUUAUAUCUGUUUUUGCGAUAUUUUUAAUUUAACUAUUUAAUAUGCAUAUAUAUACUUACUGUAAUGAAUAUACUUAUUUUCCCUAUAUUAUCGCGUAUUGCAUUGUACUGCUGUCGUUAUGUUAACAAAUUUCACAACGCAUGCCAGUGAUAAUUAACCUGAUUCUGAUUCUGACCUACAGGGCUGUAGGGAGAGAGCAGGGAGAUGGCACUGACCAACUGACCAGAUUGCUUUACUAGAGAUUCCUCUACUUUGGGAUAAAGACAGUGACCUUAUCUAUGCUCCUGAGGGAUGACAGUAGAGUUCGAGGAAAUUAGUGGAGAGUGAAGAUCGAAGUUCGGAAGUUAAAGAUCGAGGAGAAUUGCUUUCUACGGUGAAACGGGGGCGACCUUUGUUUGAUCCUUAUUUGGAAGGAUUUCGUUGACUAUCUUCGUGUUAAUCCCUGGGUUUAACCAGAAAGGAUUGAAGGUAGUGGAGAAGGAAAGGUCAGUGCCUUUAAGCCGUUCUGUUUCAUGAAUUCUUCGUGGGAAGUUCGACGUCGGGGAUCGAAGCAAGUGACGUGAAAGAGAAUUUGAAUCGUCUUAUAAAGUCUCUCCUUUUAAAUGGACCAUGAGCAUAUCGAACUUUUGGCAAUACCACUUUAAAGAACUGUUUUUGCAAUAUCGCUUUAAGGACUGUUUGGGCUGCCGCACCGCAGCUGUUUCCAGUUACGUUAGUGUUUGUUUACUUUUGGGGGGGGUUUGUUUUCUGUGUUUAAUAAACGUGUUGUUUGUUAUAAAAAAAAACCCUUGCCAAACUCAUAUAUUUAUUGUUGCCUGAAUACGUAACGUUAAAUAUGGGGGCUCAUCCGGGAUUGGAUCAUUUGAGUUUAAAUGCUUGCUGACUUCUAUAUCAGUGUUUUGGAAAAGGGGAUUACUCGGUUCUUUUGUUUGGCUUGUGGUAUUCGGCAGCAAUGAAUAUUGAUGAGUUUCUGGCUUCGCCAGCUGAGGAGUUGUUGGCAAGGGCGAAAAAAAACUGAGGUGUUUGAGAUAGCUCGUAGAUUGCAAUUUAAAGGUAUUUUGCAGACUACAUCUAAGGCUGUGAUACAGAGAAAAAUCGCGUCACACUAUGUGGUCUCGGGUGUUUUUGACGAAUCGGUUUUAGAGUCUUUUCCAAUAAGUAAUCUGGAGAUGCAGUUGAAAAUCGAACAAAUGAAAUUGGAACAAAGUAAAGCUGAUUUGGAGAGGUGUAAAUUGGAGGCGGAACAAAAGCAGAGAGAAUUUGCAUAUGCAAUGGAGGAAUUAAAGUCUGGGAAUCAGUCUUCUGGUUCUAAAAAAACGUUUGUUGCUAGUCAAGAAAUUAAAUUGGUCCCUCCAUUUAGUGAAACAGAAGUGGAAAGGUAUUUUCAACAUUUUAAAACUAUUGCUCGGAUGUCAGAGUGGCCGAAAGAUAAAUGGUCAGUGUUGUUACAGAGUGUAAUUAAAGGCAAAGCACAACAAGUUUACACAGCUUUAACAGCUGCGCAAGCACUUGAUUAUGAUAUUGUAAAGAGGCAUAUCUUAAACGCAUAUGAGUUAGUCCCAGAAGCAUAUAGGGAAAGAUUCAGAAGUUUGAAAAAGUCUGUGGAAAAAACAUGUGGAAUUUGCCUAUGAUAAAGCUAUGUGUUUUGAGAGAUGGGUUUCUUCUAAAAAUGUAAAUGGGGACUAUGAUACAUUGAGAGAGCUGAUUUUAAUGGAGGAAUUUAAAAGAAGCAUUCCUGUUGAAGUAAGGACCUACUUAAAUGAGAGGGAUACUGGUAAAUUGCAGGACUGUGCUAGAUUAGCUGAUGAGUAUGUUUUAAUCCAUAAGAAUAAAUUUCCUCAGGGCAGAAUUUUUAAGAGGAAAAAUAACAUGGAGACUCCAGGUAUAUCUGAAAUUAAAUCAGAGGUUAAUGAGAAAGUUGAUGAGAAAGGAAAGCCUGUGAAGGAAAGACAGUUUGGUCUUAUGUGUAACUAUUGUAGGAAGCCUGGCCAUGUAAUAGCUAACUGUUUCAAAUUGAAAAAGAAAGAGAAGGAAGCAGUUCCGGAUGCUUGUGAGCAACAUACUGAAGCACUUGUAAAGUUACAGGGUUUGAUAAACACAAAUGAGGCUUUGUUAGAGUCGGACCAAGUUAGAAAGGGAUAUGAUCAUUUUAUAACUGAAGGGUUUGUAUCCUUGAAGGAAGGAUCUACUCUGGUGCCAAUAAAAAUCCUUAGUGAUACUGGUGCUUCUCAAUCACUGAUGUUAGACAGUGUGUUGAAGUUUAAUGAAGAGUCUGAUACUGGUGAGGUAAAUUACGUAAGAGGUGUUGGAAGUGAUUUUAUGCCUGUACAUUUACAUAAACUAAAUUUAAAGUCAGGGUUAGUUACUGGAUUUGUUAAAGUAGGAUUACAGCAUAGCUUACCUGUGAAGGGUAUUUCUUUAUUGUUAGGUAAUGACUUGGCAGGUGGACAAGUUUUUCCUGAAGUGCAUUUGACAAUGGAGUCAGAGGAACCAGAGUUGAAUUCUAACACAGAUUCUUCCUGUGUUGUGACUAGAGCUAUGGCUAAAAUGAUUGAUGCGCAGAAUGAGGUUGUUACUCAGGACUGUUCAACUCAGGAUUCGAGUUUUGAGGAUGUGUCAGAGACUUUCUUAUCUUCGUUGUUUGAACAAGAUUCUUGGAGUAAGUCUGACUAUAAAGAUUUAUCUUUGUCUCGGAAGGAGAUGAUAGCAGAGCAGAAUAGAGACUCUGAGAUUAUAAAAUUAAGAGAGCAGGUUUUACUAGAUAGUGAAAUUGAUAAGGUACCAGUAGGAUAUUACUUGGAAAAAGGAGUGUUGAUGAGGAAGUGGAGAUCGCCUACAAUUCCUGCAAGUGAGGAUUGGAAUGUUGUUUACCAGGUAGUUGUUCUGAAAGUUUAUCGAAAUGAGAUUUUGACUUUAGCUCAUAGUGUGCCUUUAGGUGGACAUCAAGGGGUAAGGAAAACUGUGGACAAGAUUUUAAAAUAUUUUUACUGGCCUGGUCUAAGAAAAGAUGUGGCGAUGUUUUGUAAAACGUGCCAUACUUAUCAAAUUGUGGGUAAACCAAAUCAGGUUACACCAAUAGCUCCAUUACAACCUAUCCCAGCAUUUGGUGAACCAUUUUCUAAAGUUAUUGUAGAUUGUGUUGGUCCAUUACCAAAGACAAAAACUAGUUAUCAGUAUUUGUUGACUAUCAUGUGUACUUCGUCUAAGUUUCCAGAGGCAGUACCACUUAGGAAUAUAAAAGCUAGAACUGUGACAAAGGCCCUUAUAAUUUUUUUUUACUUAUUUUGGAUUACCUAAGGAGAUACAAACUGAUCAAGGCAGUAAUUUUAUGUCUGGAUUGUUUCAACAGAUAGUUUAUAAAUUGGGAGCUAAGCAAAUCACUUCAUCUGCAUACCAUCCGGAAUCGCAGGGUGCCUUGGAGAGGUUUCAUUCUACCCUCAAGAAUAUGAUUAGGACAUUUUGUGUGGAAAAUGAAAGUGACUGGAAUGAGGGUAUAAACUUACUUUUAUUUGCAGUAAGGGAAUCGGUACAGGAAUCUUUAGGUUUUAGUCCAUUUGAACUUGUGUUUGGGCAUAGAGUUAGAGGACCUUUAGCUUUAUUGAAAGAACAGUGGAUUAGUAAGGAUGUACACACUAAUUUGUUGGACUAUGUUUUGAAAUUUAAGGACAGGUUACGUAAAGCUUGUAGCUCAGCUAAGGAAAAUUUAAAGUUGGCUCAGGAGAAAAUGAAGACUUGGUAUGAUAAAGAAGCUAGGGUGAGGAUGUUUAAGCCUGGAGAUCAAUGAUGUGGAUUACGUGAUAAAAACUCCGGAUCGUAGAAGGUCAACACAACUUUGCCAUAUAAAUAUGUUAAAACCAUAUUUUGAGAAACAAUCUGAUACUGUGACUGUUGUGGUUAGUGAGAAUGAGUUUGAUUUAACUAGGAACAUGAUAGAUGAUUCAUCUGACUUUCAUUCUAAAUCCAACAUUGUUUCUGUUAGGUUACCAAAUUCAACCAUUCUGGAAAAUAUUGAUGAAAAAUUAGCACAUUUACAGUUAGAGCAGAAACAACAGAUGAAGGAGUUAAUUUUUAAAUAUAAGGAGUUGUUUCCAGAUGUUCCGAGAAGGACUACUAUAGCUUCACAUGAUGUAGAUGUUGGAGAUGCCAAACCUAUUAAACAACAUCCAUAUAGGAUGAACAUGGAAAAAUGUGAACUUGCUGAGAAAGAAAUUGAAUAAAUGUUAGAGAAUAAUAACAUUGGACAUUCUAACUUGAAUUGGAGUUCCCAUGUGUUAUGGUGCCAAAACCAGAUGGUAGUAUUAGGUUUUGUACGGAUUAUAGGAAGGUGAAUGCUGUAAUGAAAACAGAUGCAUAUCCAAUUCCUAGAGUAGAUGAUUGUGUAGAUAAAGUUGGAAAAGCAAAGUUCCUUACAAAGAUUGAUUUAUUGAAAGGGUAUUGGUGUGUUCCAUUAACGGACAGAGGUAGAGAGAUUUCUGCAUGUGUAACUCCAUCUGGGCUAUAUGAGUAUAAUGUUCUUCCAUUUGGGAUGAAGAAUGCCCCAGGUAUUUUCCAGAGGAUGAUUAACUUCGUGAUUCAGGGAUUGAAAGAUACUGAUGCUUAUAUUGAUGAUUUAGUGACAGGAAAUGAUACUUGGGAAGCACACAUUAUUGCGAUGGAGAAAUUGUUUGAAAGGCUUUCAAAAGCUAACUUAACUAUUAAUUUAGCUAAGAGUGAAUUUGGACAUGACACUGUGACUUACCUUGGUUAUGUUGUGGGUCAAGGUAAGGUAGCUCCUGUUCAGGCAAAAGUUCAGGCAAUUUUAGAGAUUCCCACUCCAACGGGGAAAAAGACUCUCAGAAGAUUUUUGGGAAUGGAAAUUUAUCGGAAAUUUUGUAAAAAUUUUGCUAAUGUUGCCCUUCCAUUAACUAACCUUCUGCAGAAGAAUGAGAAGUUUGUAUGGACGGUGCCUUGUCAAGAAGCAUUUGAAAAAUUGAAAACAAUGAUAUGUCAACAACCUGUGCUUAAGGCACCUGACUUUGAAAAACCUUUUUCAUUGGCUGUGGAUGUUAGUGAUGAGGCUGCAGGAGCAGUAUCAAUGCAAUGGAAUGAAGGUGAUGAGGUUGAUCAUCCAGUAGCUUACUUUUCUAAGAAGUUUAAUAAGCAUCAAAGAAACUAUUCGACAAUAGAGAAAGAAUUGUUAUCUCUUGUUUUAGCUUUGGAAUAUUUUGAGGUAUAUGUUGGUACAACUCAAAAACCACUUAUUGUUUACACUGAUCAUAAUCUGUUAGUUUUUCUGAGUAAGAUGAAAAACAAAACCAGAAGAUUAUUAAAUUGGAGUUUGAUGUUACAAGAGUACAAUAUUGUGAUAACUCAUAUUAAAGGUAAAGAUAAUGUGGUUGCUGAUUGUCUAUCUCGAUGUUGAAUGUACACUGUAAUUUUUUUAAUGGAGUGGUUUUUGUUCAAUUGUAACACUCCUACUGUAUUGUGAGUUAUAAGCUGUUAUAUGAUGGUAUUGUAUAUUGGGUAAGUUAUAAAAUUUAUACCUUUGUUUUUCUUGUAAGCAAUUGUUAAAAAUUUUUGUUCUUGUCAGACCAAAAAUGUUUUUUUGGAGGGAGGUGUUACGUACUCGUGACACAUGACAGUGGUGCCCUUGUCACGUGACUGGGGUUGAAGCUAUACUGGACUUGAGAUGGUGGAAUGACGUCAUUUUCCUGCCAGUAGAGAUCACAUGACAGGUUUUUUUUACAGGUUAUAAAAGGUAGACCCCACCCUGUGAGGAGGGGCAGUUCGUGGCUGGAUUUGCCAGGAUGACUUCAUGCCACUGCGUGUUUUAAGUGAUGACGCAGUUUAGUUGAAGGAUGAAGUUUUUAUCUAAUGCCUAAAGUUUCAAAGGUCAUUGCCAGCAGGUUCUUUAUGAUUCUGCUAGUUCGAGGAAAUUAGUGGAGAGUGAAGAUCGAAGUUCGGAAGUUAAAGAUCGAGGAGAAUUGCUUUCUAUGGUGAAACGGGGGCGACCUUUGUUUGAUCCUUAUUUGGAAGGAUUUCGUUGACUAUCUUCGUGUUAAUCCCUGGGUUUAACCAGAAAGGAUUGAAGGUAGUGGAGAAAGAAAGGUCAGUGCCUUUAAGCCAUUCUGAUUCGUGAAUUCUUCGUGGGAAGUUCAACGUCGGGGAUCGAAGCAAGCGACAUGAAAGAGAAUUCGAAUCGUCUUAUAAAGUCUCUCCUUUUAAAUGGACCAUGAGCAUAUCGAACUUUUGGCAAUACCACUUUAAAGAACUGUUUUUGCAAUAUCACUUUAAGAACUGUUUGGGCUGCCGCACCGCAGCUGUUUCCAGUUACGUUAGUGUUCAUUUACUUUUGGGGGGUUUGUUUUCUGUGUUUAAUAAACGUGUUGUUUGUUA